AAAAAAAAACUGAAACGAUCCACUCAAGUUGAUCCCGAGCAGCGACCCAUUCAUAAAGGUCUACGCCACUUUAGUAAACAGGUUUGCAACAAGGUGGCUCACCAUGGUGUUACCACGUACAACGAGGUAAAUCAUUACAAAACUCUCCUUUUGACCGCGGUGAACCGCCCAACUGACAAUGGAUAAUAGGUAGCUGAUGAAUUGGCAAUGGAGUUUCAAUACGCGCUUGAUGAGGAUAAGCCGGUGUUUGAUCAGAAAAAUGUGCGACGUCGGGUGUACGACGCCUUGAAUGUUCUGAUGGCGAUGGAUAUCAUUGCCAAAGACAAGAAGGAGAUCCGAUGGCUCGGUAUUCCAUCGUGUUUCCGAUCCGACAACGCAUCCGAGAAGCAUGAAGCGGAUCUAUUAGAAGAAAUCAAGAAAGAGCAAUGUCUUCAAGACGAGUUAUCAAGUACGGUGGACCAGUUGCAAACCACAGUACGGGACCAUAUUUUUCGCCAGCUAAUCUUACGUCAGUUGAUUUGGCGCAAUGUCAACAAUCCGUGCAAGGACAAACAGAUCUUUCCGCUUCCUUUAUUUCUUCUAUGUCCAUCCUCAGCAGAUGAGGUUCAUAUCGAGUUAUCCGAGAACCAACGAUCGGCCGUCAUUACCUGUAACAGCUCCCUAGACGGUCGAGCAAUAUUUGAAGACAUUGACGUUCUGGAUCGGCUGAACCUUGAUUCCUUCCGUCCCCAAGACUGGCCAUGCGACGCUUCACCAUUACCGUUAUCCAAACCAUCGAUCAACAAUCUUCCCACCUCGCCGUCGUCUUCAACCUCCUCUGAUGCAUGAUCCUAACCCGAAAUAUCCGUUUCAUUUUUUUUCUUUAUGUUCAUUUCCCUCUUGUUUUUCUCCCCUCAUAUUGCCUCGUUUUCAUUUUUUUCUUUUUAUGAUCAACAGAGCAAGGUGUGUUUUUUCUUUUACCUUU